AUUACACAGAAGACGUAAAAGCAAACGUGGGAGAUUAUGUUGUUUUACCGUAAAAUGAAUUUAAGUGCAUUUUAACCAGCCGCAUUACUGCAAACGCGCUGCUCCAAGGAAUACGCCAGGAGAAAAAAGAGGAUAUCUUGGUCUUUUGGAUGGACGCAAUGCAAUCAUCCACAUGGACUAACGGACCGUGUCGACAGUUUGGACAACUUCAAUCAACUGUCAACCAGACUACAUGCAGUAAUCAUGGGAGCAACGGAGCUUGUUUUUUAUCACCGCCCAAUCAAAAUGGACAAUUUACUGUGGCCAGUAUUGGGACAAAGCAGGUUUCUACACAAAGGAAACACAUUGGACCUUCAAAGAAUCACAUGGGGUAUCAUACAAACUCCACACAGAUCUCAACUCUGCAAUGCUGUCCAACCGCCAAUAUGAACACAGGCAUUAGGCAGCAAGUAAUGUAUGCACAGAAAACGCCAAUGCCUGGAAACUCACAAUCGUUUAGUAUUAAUAACUAUGAAGCACAGGGAAUGCAGCAAAAUUUGAAUCAAACUCUAAUAUCACAGACUGGAAAUGUUCCUACCUCCCCGUCCACAAUGCAGAGUAUGUACCAAACUCGACAGCAUUCUCCAGUUCAAAAUCACAUCUACAAUCAGUCUUGCCAGCAAACGGUUCAUAUGUUACCUUCCUAUUCACAAGCUGUUCUUACAGAAAAUCUAUACAGCAGAUCUUCUCAGGGACCCAGCACACAACGUAUGCAAGGUUACGCUGUUAGUGACCAAACCAACUACAAUGCACCUCAGACAAAUUACAAAUGCGCAGUUCAAGCAGGAAAUGUUCCUUUUCAUACAAAUAAUACUAGCAAUCUGGCUAAUGCACACACAAAUGUCCCAGUUCAAACGCAGUAUAACUCUUAUUCAAAUCAGGAGCACAUGCAGCAACCUAUAGUCAGAGGCAAAAGAAAUGUACAAAUCACACAAAAGGUCAUAAAUACAAGUUGCAAUGUUUCUUCAAUGCAGCUACCAUCUCUGACGUGCAUACCAGAAAACUCAAACUAUGACAAACUAUUACAUUUAAACAAAAGACCUGCUCCUCCGCAGACUGCACAGAAUAUGCCAACGCAAGACCACUCCGCUAAUUCUUCACGCAAUAUCAAUACGAAGUUCAAUCAAAAAAUACCAGAAAACUCAAACUAUUUCACUGAACUAUUCUAUUUACACAAAAAAAAUGCUCCUCUGCAGACUGCACAGAAUACGCCAACGCAAGACCACUCCGCUAAUUCUUCACGCAAUAUGAAUACGAAAUUCUAUCAAAAAAUGAAUGAUGUUCCAAAGGUGAAUCUGAAUGUGCCUCUGACCCAAACCUCUCCAGAGAAAAGAUCUGAGGCCUUUGAAAAGAUUGACUCGAUUUCAUCUGCCCAAGCUUCAUGUGGCACAAAUAACACUUUGCUAAGUCAUACCCAGCGAGCCGUGGCGGUAGUUUUGCCAUUGUCGCUAGAAGAUUCUCAUUGUCAGCUUUCUCCGGACAGUGAUGAUAACCCAAAGAAAAAUGCACAACUUAGUAGCCUGCCUUUACAAAAGUUACAAAAGAUGAUUAGCAGUACCACUGAGAAAGCCAUUAUUCACAAAAAAUCACCAUGUCUGGCAAGUUUACUUGAUGAUUGCACAGCCAAUCUUUCAUCUCUCCCUCUUACUUUUGCUGAGUUAGUUAAAGAAACCCCUGAAAACCUGCAAAUUACAAGAUUGUGUGAAAAAAAGUUGAAGAAUAAUAAGACCUCAGCGGAGAAUAAACCAAGUGAACAACCACUCUCCUCUGUACCAACCAAUGAAUGGACUUUGAAGACCCUGAGUGAGAAAAUUUCCGCGAUGGAGAAUGAAAGUAAAAAAUCUGCGAAUGAACACCGACCUUAUUGUGGGCGAGGGGGACUAAUGCUAUUAUUAUUGCGGUUUUGGAAUGGUCGCUUGAAAACACUCUGCAAAACUUUAAAAAAACGUGAUUUAUUUCAUUAUACGACUGAGUUUAGGCAUUUAUGUAGGAAGGUCUAUCCAGACACUGUAGUUUUGUCAGAAGUGAAAAGCCAAACUGAUCUCAACAAAUACUAUAUCCUUCAGCAUGAUGAAGUUUAUGAGGAGAAAGUCCCUUACAGCUCCACAUGGUUAAAUAUUAAUAGCCAGCUUGAUGACAUUGAUAAAGAGUUUGGCUUCCCCUAUUUUUUAAAAUCAAGUCAGUAUGAGUGUGGUGACAAUAAAGAUACAGACAUUCAGAGUGGACAAAAAGAAAUUGUUCAAACCGGAGUCAAAACUGUCCAGCCAGAAGAACCUAAACCCCAAAAUGAGAAGUCUGAUCAGAGCCGUAAAUCUGUGGCCAGUAUGAGUGACAAUAUUGAUGAAGAAAUGACUAUACUACUACAAUCUAAAACAAAUUCACAUAAAGACAGUGACAGAAACAAAUGUGAAUCAAAUGAGCAGUCAAGUGACCCGAGCUUCUUGUUUAUAACUGAAGUUUUAAGUCCAGAAGAAGCAAAAGUUAUCUUCGAAAAAACGGACAAUAGUGAUGAAGAAAUGACUAUACUACAAUCUGAAACAAAUUCACAUAAAGACAGUGACAGAAACAAAUGUGAAUCAAAUGAGCAGUCAAGUGACCCGAGCUUCUUGUUUAUAACUGAAGUUUUAAGUCCAGAAGAAGCAAAAGUUAUCUUCGAAAAAACGGACAAUAGUGAUGAAGAAAUGACUAUACUACAAUCUGAAACAAAUUCACAUAAAGACAGUGAUAAAAACAAAUGUGAAUCAAAUGAGCAGUCAAGUGACUCGAGCUUCUUGUUUAUAACUGAAGUUUUAAGUCCAGAAGAAGCAAAAGUUAUCUUCGAAAAAAUGGACAAUAGUGAUGAAGAAAUGACUAUACUACAAUCUGAAACAAAUUCACAUAAAGACAGUGAUAAAAACAAAUGUGAAUCAAAUGAGCAGUCAAGUGACUCGAGCUGCUUGUUUAUAACUGAAGUUUUAAGUCCAGAAGAAGCAAAAGUUAUCUUUGAAAAAACUGACAAUAUUGGUGAAGAAAUGACUAUACUACUACAAUCUGAAACAAAUUCACAUAAAGACAGUGACAAAAACAAAUGUGAAUCAAAUGAGCAGUCAAGUGACUCGAGCUGCUUGUUUAAAACUGAAGUUUUAAGUCCAGAAGAAGCAAAAGUUAUCUUCGAAAAAACGGACAAUAGUGAAGAAAUGACUAUACUACAAUCUGAAACAAAUUCACAUAAAGACAGUGAUAAAAACAAAUGUGAAUCAAAUGAGCAGUCAAGUGACUCAAGCUGCUUGUUUCAAACUGAAGUUUUAAGUCCAGAAGAAGCAAAAGUUAUCUUCGAAAAAACUGACCACAACAGCACAGCGGAAAAAAUGGAGCCUUCCACAUCAGAAACAAUUGCACCAAAUGAGCAAAAUGGUACUAUGAAGCAAACGUGCAAUCCAACUACUGUAGAAAUGGUCUGCUGUCUUGACAAAUUGAAGGAGAAAAUUUUAGGUGUAACUUCAGAAAAGAAAUGUGAGUGCAAAAUGGUGCCAGAUCAAAACAAAAAAACGCAAUCAGUCAGUACAGACAACAGUUUCUCUACAGAAAUUUCUGACUUGACAGAAGAUGACGGCAUUAUGUCUGUAGUUCCUCUCCAUGAACCAGGGGGAGUUAUAGUUUUAAGUGAAAGCGAUGAUGAAAUUCAAGUCUCUGAGGAGAAUCAAACACCCUCUUCUAACCACACUAACGAGCAAGACUUCACAUCUACAGAAACCUCUCUCAUUGCAAGCCCAGACAAAAAUACAUUACAAACAUCAAUAGAACGCAAAAAGGAAGUGACUACAAGUGAAACUAUUUGUGAAAUUAAGGAACAGGGUGACAACUGCCAAAGAGGGGAGGGAGAGAUCGUAGAUUUGGAGAAAGAGGAAAAACAAGAUGCACAGGUGCCCAUACAUUUCACCAUCUCACCUCAUCUCAAUCUUAAUGAUAGUGUUCAGAAAUAUGUGAAUAAACCCAAAAUGGACACUGAUUCUGAUGCUGCUUUGUUACACUCCUCCAAAACUCCCAAACUCUCGUCUCCUUUAAAAUCACAGACUAUUUUCGAGAGCUUUUCAAAACGUAAAAAUAAUGAGCCCACUGCAAAAGCAGAAUUGGUACUAUUUGGGUCAGAGAGAAAAAAAUAUGCCCUUGCAGGUAGCAGAGGAUUCCGUUCUUUGAGCGUCCAACUGCAGCCUCCUGAAAAAGUAUAUGUUAAAAUGAACUCCUUAACAACAAGUGACAGUCAAGAAGACGCAGAGUCACAGAGUAAAAUCUCUGUGAAAAGAAGGAUACAUGAAAGUUGGAGGAAGAGCUUUCCAUUUAACCUAAAAAAAAUAAAAAGGAAAAAUAAUAUUUUUACUAUAGUUAAUGCAAGAUCUAAAGUGAAGUGCAAAGAUGUGAAUUCAAAAAGAAAAGUAAAUGAUUCUGAUGAUGGCUUAUGUCGUAAAAAGAGAAGAAUUCGCACUGUCUCAGAAUCUGUGAAUUUACUCCACAAAUGUGAUGCUUAUGAAGUAAAGUCUCUACAAGGAAAUGUUUUGAAAUUUAAACUGUUACCCAGCUCUUUCAGCUUCGAGGAGGAGUCCAAGAACAGUGAUUCAGCUAUGGAUUCCACUGUAGAUGAGAAUACCAUUCCUGGAAAAGCAGAAGGAUAAGACUCCCGUUACACAAAGAACGUGGUGCAACGACUCCAGGAACAAGUCUGUAACACAAAGCCCAACCUCAUCCCCUGAAUCAAAGAGUCUUUUUCUGGAGUAUCAGAGGAAACACAAAAUGAGACUCAAGUCCACGGAUGAGUGACAUUAUCUUAAACCCAGCAUCAUACUUAAACUGACAUUGUGGUAUCUUUUAAAUAAUCUUUUUUGUUGUUUUUUAUGCCAUUUGAGGAGAACUGAUAUAAGCUUGGAGUUAUGGAUUUCCAAUGUGUAAUCCUUUAAAUGUUUGAUAUUCAAACCUGUACGACAUAACCAUUAUUACCUCAUUUUGUACGACUUUUAUUACUU